GAUUCAAGCAAAUAAAGCAAAAAGGUUGGACAGGAUUCCCGGAUAUCGAGGACGCCAGUUGUUGACGGCGAGAACUUCCGGCGAAGGCCCAAAUGGAUGGAGCAAGGGGUGCUCUUUCCUGUUCGGGGGGCGCUGAUGAGAUCAGAGAGUUACAGGUGCUGGCGCAGCGGAGGGACGACAGUGCAGUGACAGUUUGAUUGCAGUCGGGAGGAGCUGGGCGUAAUCUAGCCGACGCCAGGCAGCCAGUCCCUCGUCAAAAAUCUGGGAUCGCUUUCAAUUACGUUCGUCCACGAGCAAACUGAAGGACAUGGAGGUUACCUCAAGUUUAGCGAGGGGCAGCAUUCCAUACUCGGUUCUCCUCCUUAAGCAGAAUGAAUUGCUUCGGAAGGGCAAGAUCGUUUUGUGCAGAAAUUAUAUUUCAGCUCCUGUGACAGGGUCAUUCAUGGCAAUUGUUGGUAAACUGUCUCCUUCCAUAAGCUACUUCGCGAAGAGGAAAAUUUUGGGAGUGAGUACUCAGAGUGGGAAUAAUUCCGAUGGUGAACUUGAUGAUUCUACUCCACCUGCAAUUGACGAGGUUCUGAACUACUUGGGGGCUUCUUAUGAGGGAGACUCGCUCAAUAAAUUUGAAAGAGUGGAGGAGAGGGGAACCUCAGAAGAUACAAUCGGUCUUCAAGAGGGAUAUGUCGGCGUGUUCGUUCGUCUUCUUGGCCUUGACAAUCCUGAGGUUGAAAGGGAGGAAGCUGUGCGGGCUCUGUGGAGGCACUCCGCUGGCGGAAAAUACUAUAUAGAUCAAAUAAUGGAAUUUCCGGGUUGUCUUAAUUUGAUCGUGAGCCUCCUGCGAUCACACAGAACAGCAGCAGCUGAAGCUGCAGCAGGCGUUUUGCGCAACAUUUCAUCCAUAGAAACCUACAGGUCUGCUGUUACUGAAGCUGGUGCCCUCGAGGAAAUUUUAGGCCUUCUUACACGUCGGGAUAUACCCGAGGUCCGGGAACACGCAACUUGCGUUUUGUGGAACUUGUCGGUGGAAGAAGGACCACGAGCUAAGCUUGUUAACCCUGAAAUAUUGCAAGUCCUGUCGAGUAUGCUUGGUUCCGAAAAGGAUGGAGAAAGAGAAGCUGCAGCUGGAGUCUUAGCAAACCUUACUCAGAGUUCUUGUUACUCUGAUGAACUUGUGAAAGUGGGCAUAAUACCAAAACUGGCAAAGAUUCUACUUGACGACGGACAUGGGACGAAAGUUUCUAGGCAGGAGGCGAAGAAUGCCUUGAUCAGAUUGGGACAAGAGCGGCACAUAGAGCACCUUAUUAUAGAAGAAGGACUAGUAUUCGUACCUGUCAUCGGAGCAAGUGCUUACCGAUCAUUCAAGCCUCUGUUACAAGAGGCCCCUACUCUUCCUGAAAGUGUUGAUGUCCUGCAAACUGCUCCAAAGGUGCCCUCUACUUUUGGAGCAGGUAAUCUUUUGCUCGGUCUUAACUGGGAAAGCCGUGGCAACGAUAUCGAUGAUGCAUCCCGUCUCAUUAUCGAGGGGCGGGUGAGACAACAGUUUCUUGCUAGGGUUGGGGUGAUAGGGAAGAAAAGUUCCAAAACUGAAGAGAGUGGAGACGAACAAGUCACCUUGAUGUCCUGGUGGGAUGGAAUUACAAGACUUGUAUUGAUUCUCGGAUUAGAUAAUUUGAACGUUGCAAAGCAGGCAGUGCAAGCGUUAGGAUCGAUAGCAAUUAAUGAGGACAAUAGGCAAGCCAUACAGAAGUCGGGGGCAAUUCCCCAUCUUGUCCGGUUAUUAGGAUGUGGUGAUGAAGACAUCGCAUUAGCUGUCACUUCUACACUUAAUAAACUUGCUAUCAGUCGUCAGGUUCGAAGAUCCAUCAAUUCUCACAAUGCGCAAUUAGCAUUGGUCGCGAUACUGAACAGCGUUGAAACCUCUGAUGACGUCAGGGAAGAGAUGGUCUGUGCUCUUUCGCGCUUGUCAAAAGCAGAAGAAGAAAUGGAAGCAGUCAUUCAAGAUGGUACUAUAUCUGGUCUUAUAGACAUAGUCAGUUCGGAGAGGGCCAGCAUUGAAGAAAAAGAAGAAGCUGAAGAAAUUUUAGAAGAAGUGGCGUCUUUGAAAUCCGAGCCAAGGGACGGGAUCGUAACAGGUGGUGGCCUUCCUCAUCUAUUAAAAAUAAUGGAAAGGGCCUCAGUACCUUAUGCGGAGCAGGCUGCGUGUUUACUUGAUGAACUGGCUACCAACAGUUCGAAUGCUAAUGCUAUCUUAGCUGCCGGAGUGGAAUCAUCUCUGUCGAAAUCUUUGAAACUUCUGUUCGACGAAGUCACCGUCGUAACGUCGGAUGAAAUAGUGUUGGAUCGCGAGGACGGCUACAGGUUCGUUGCUGCACUUUCUAGACUCGUGCAGACAAUUGCCAGAUCUGCAAAAUUUGAGAAUCCAUCAGAACUUGCGAAAAUAUUGAGGAACAUUUUGCAAGAUGAAUCGGCACCUCUCAACAUAAAAGACUGGGUCUCAGCUUCUCUGAUAAAACUGGAGCAGGUUUGUAAGGGUUUCGGGGAAGACAAUCCCGUAGAAGCUUUUGUGGACUUCGAAGUCCACGUUCGUGACACCAUUCCUUGGUUGGUUAGAGAAUUAGGUCCCGACUUUUCGCCAAUAGUUAGGGAGAGAGCCGUCACACAUUUGAGGCUGUUGCUAUGUCAAGGUUCGAAUGCAUAUGCCACUGCCGUAGCUUCGGCAGGAGCUGUAGAUAAGCUGGCUGAUUUGCUAAAAUCCGGAUCGGACAUAGCUCGGGCUGCUUCAGUAUCAGUUUUGUAUACUUUGAGCAUGAAUGAGGAGAAUCAUCCUGCAAUGUUGGCAGCAGGGCUGGCACCUUGUUUAGUCGAGUUGGUUAGAAGAAAAGUGCCUGAAUGGAGGCUUGCCUUCUACUUGCUACGAGCACUUCCCAAGUAGCACAAUUUUGAGACAGAGCGAUCCAAAAGUGUAUAUACUCAAUCUUUGAAAUCAGUUUCUCGUAGCAGAGAAUUCCAAAACAACUGUGCAGGUCGAGAUACAUCGCAGUUAUGACGUUUCAUCUUCCUCAAUUUCUAAUCAGGAACUUGGA